AUGCAAGCCAAUCUUCCACGGUUGGCUCAAGAAGUAGAAAGCCGAGUUCUGGGGGUUGUGGAUGCUAUGAUGACCAGUAGGUUCGAAGAAUUGAAAGAAUUAAUCGAAGGAUCCAAGGGUAGAGGUAAGGAACGAAGGUGCACUUAUAAAGAUUUUAUGGCAUGCCAUCCGGCGAUGUAUGACGGUAAAAUCGACCCAGUUGAAUGUCAAAGAUGGGUCUCGAAUAUAGAGGCGGUGUUUAUACGAAGCCGGUGCGAUAAGGAGGACCAAGUGAUGUUCGCUACCGGUUUACUAACCCAUCAAGCGAAAGAUUGGUGGGAUGCGCACAGCAAGGAAAUAGGCGACGAUAGGCUGCAAGUUAUGACUUGGCAAGAGUUCAAGGGGCCCUUCAUGAGAUAUCAUUGCCCUCAGUCGGCCAUCGACAAGAUUCAGGAGGAUUUCUUGCGCCUCCGGCAGAAAAACGAAUCAGUAAAUGAAAUAGCGAACACUUUUAUGGAUAAGAUGAAGUUCUGUGGAGAAUUGGUAACCACCGAAAGAAUGAAGAUAAAUCGUUUCUAUGGCGUGUUAAAGGCAGAAAUUAGAGAGUUCAUCACUCCCUCAAAAUGUGAAACCCUCGAGGAGCUCAUUGAUUUAGCACGGGAUAGGGAGAUCGAGAUUAAAAGGCAAGAAGAGCGAGGUGAAAAGAGACCGAGUGAAAAGGGUGCAAGUUUUAGUCCAUCUAAAAAGGGGAAGUUUCAGGAUCAAGGAAGAAAGGGUAAGUCGAAAGGUGGAAUUACACCAUGCAAGACGUGUGGGAAGCUCCAUACCGGAGAAUGUUUGUUAGGCAAAAAGGGGUGCUUCAAAUGCGGGAAGGAGGGGCAUUCGUCUUAUCAAUGCCCGAACAACCCAAAGACUUGUUUCAACUGUUUCGAAAAGGGGCAUAUCAAGUCGGAAUGCCCAAAGCUUCAACAAGAGUCAAAGAAAGAAGAUAAGAAGCAAGAAGGUUCUAGGGCAAAAGGGAGAAUGUUUCAGAUCACAUCUGAAGAAGCCAAGUCCCAGCCAAAUGUGGUCUCAGGUAUCUUUCUAAUAAAUUCUAUACCGGUUUAUGUUUUGUUUGACACCGGAGCCACUAUGUCGUUUAUCUCUAGUGAAAUCGUUCAACAUCCAUCUUUUAAGAUUGAACGAAUGUCGAUGCCCUUAGAAGUAGAAAUAGCAGAUAGUAAAAAUUAUUUGCUGCACGAAAUAUGUAAGGAUUGUAGAUUAACCAUCGAGGAUGAGGAGUUUGCCAUUGAUCUCAUACCUAUGAUCUUGGGGGAAUUUAAAGUAAUAGUGGGUAUGGAUUGGAUGUCCCAAAACCACGCGGAGAUAAAUUGUGAAACCAAAACUAUACAUCUCCAAACUCCAAGUGGAAGACGAUUAAAUGUACAAGGCGAAAGAAAGAUGGAAGCGAAGUUAUGUACCCUCGUUCAAGCUACCAAGUAUGUGCUCAAUGGGAGUAGAGCAUAUUUAGCUUACGUGAUAAAUACUCAACAAGGCUCCCCGAAGCUCGAAGAUGUUGAAAUUGUGAACGAAUUUCCGGAUGUAUUUCCGGAGGAAUUGUCGGGACUCCCUCCUGAGCGAAAAGUAGAAUUUAAUAUCGAAUUGAAUCCGGGUGCGAAACCGGUUGCGAAGGCUCCCUAUAGAUUAGCUCCCACGGAAAUGCGAGAAUUAAUGACACAAUUACAAGACCUUCUAGACAAGGGCUUUAUACGCCCUAUUAUGUCCUUCGGGUUAACAAAUGCGUCGGCGGCAUUUAUGGACCUUAUGAACCGUGUAUGCCGACCCAUGUUGGAUAGGUCUGUGAUUGUAUUCAUAGAUGAUAUUCUGGUUUAUUCACGAAGCAAAGACGAACAUGCAGUACACUUGCGUGAAGUACUUGAAGUUCUCCGUAAGGAGAAGCUCUACGCAAAAUUAUCAAAAUGCGCCUUUUGGCUUAGGGAAGUGCAGUUUCUGGGGCACGUGAUAAAUUCGGAGGGUGUUUUAGUUGAUCCUUCAAAGAUCGAUGCUGUAAUGAAGUGGGUUUCUCCGAAAAACCCAACAGAGAUAAGAAGUCCUCGUUACAUCGGGCCGUUUAAAAUCUUAGCUCGGGUUGGGAGGGUUGCAUAUCGAUUAGAAUUACCGCCUGCUCUAGACGGGAUCCACAAUACCUUCCACGUGUCCCAAUUGAGAAAGUGUCUUGCGGAUGAGAUAGCACUGGUACCUCUUGAUGAUAUCGAGUUGGACGAAGGGUUAAAUUAUGUCGAAAGACCCAUAGCCAUUAAGGAUUUCAAGGUGAAGAAUCUCCGCAACAAGGCCGUUAGACAAGUGUUGGUACAAUGGCAGCACCGAAAGGGUUCAGACCUCACAUGGGAAGCAGAAGAUGAAAUGAGGAAACACUAUCCUUUUCUUUUCGGUAUGUCACAUUUAAACUAG